UCAAGAAGCGGUCGUAGAUCUAUACUAAGGCGUUCAGUAAUACUUCAAGUCUUCGAAGUUUUUUUUUCUAUCUAGCGAGAAACACAGAAAUGUCUGGAGGAUUUUCGUUUGGGACGCCCGCUGCGGGAACCGGUGGAACCGGUACCUCCGGCUUUUCGUUUGGGAGUACUGCUACUUCCAGCGCGCCCACGACAGGUUUUUCAUUCGGUUCUCCAGCGACCAGCACUGCCGCAACGCCGUUUGGCGCCACACCUGCCCCGACAAUGACGGGCGUUGGUGCGCCAACAGCAUUUGGAGCUACACCUGCUACUCCAGCUGCCACUGGAAGUACUCUAUUCAGUACUCCGGCAGCUGGAGCCACGCCGGCAACAGGAUUCGGUACAGUGACCGCGCCAGCUGCAAGCUCGGCACCGACGCUCACCUUCGGAGGAGCUCCCACAUCGACUCCUGUUGCCGGCUCUGGUGUGACUGCCCCCUCCACUGGAUUUGCUUUCGGUGGAGCAACUGCAAACCCUGCGACCUCAACGGGUCUCGCGACGCUCGGGGGCACCGGCAGUAGCGGAAUAUUUGGCGCGCAUCCGACUGCAACACCAGGCAUGUUUGGAACAACGACCACACCCGCAACUAGCAGCACUCCGGCGUUUGGCGCCGGCUUCGGUAGUGCGGCCGCAACAACAACAAGCACAGCGUCGACAGGCAUAUUUGCCGCUAACCCGACUGCAGGCACCUCUGUUGCAACUGCGACUUUCCCGUCCGCCCUAGGUAGUGGAAGUGGGACCAGCGGUGGGUUUGGCGGUACGGGCACGGCAGGACAGCCUCCUCCUGGGGGACAACAACAGCAAGGCGUAACCUUGACGACGUGCGCGCUUGGCAGUAUGACGUUUGAAGAUCUCGAAAGAAAGUGCAAUGAAUGGAAGAAAGAACUCGACAUCCAAGAGGAAGCCUUCCUCAAACGAGCCACGCAGAUCAACGCAUGGGAUCGUCUUGUCUCCGCCAACUCGGAGAAGAUCACCGAGCUUAACGAAUAUAUGAAAAAGGUGAGGCAAGACCAGGAACGUCUGGAUCGCGAGCUGGACUUCGUGGUUUCGCAGCAAAAAGAACUCGAGGAAAUGCUGGAGCCUCUCGAGCAACAAGCCAAGACCAUGGAAAGCGCUUCGAUUCAACAUCAUACGGACGUUGAGAGGGCGUCAACGUAUCAAACAGCAACGAAAGUCAACAACCAACUCCGCAUGAUGGCCGAGGCGAUUAAGGAGAUCAUCGAACACAUAAACGAUAGCAACAAAGCUGCCAGCGACAGCUCCGCGAUGGACCAGAUCUCAAAAAUUCUCAAUGCGCACAUGGACGCACUGCAAUACAUUCAAAGUGGGAUUGGCACGCUACAGGAGAAGACUGAGGAUAUCAACAAGCUUAUGGGGAUUGUGCGGAUUUGAGUCCAGAUAGAUAAAUUAUAGAUUUGCUGAUCCGGCUGUACCGGAUGCAACUGCAGACAAUUCGUUCGUGUCAAGCUUGUUACAGAUUCUACUCACGAAACUUAUUGUUAAGAAUAAUAAUAAUAAACUAUUAUUAAUGAUGUUAUCUCUGCAUAGACACAUUAAAAGAAAACCAGUGGCAGUUAUUGCAAAUGUUUGUCGAUGCUUGAAACAUAUCGAUGUGACACUGAUUGAAGAGAAAAAACGGACAGUGUGUCGAUUUAUUUUACAGAUGGACUAGUCCAAAACAAGGACUAUAAAGUAGUAAAUAAAAUGAGAACAGUAAUGUCUAUAGAGAAACACAUGUA